CCAGCAAAAACUCCAGUUUUAAGGGAAAAGUAUAAUUUCCAUUAAAAAUAAAUCAUACCUUCUUUAUAGUAGAUGAAUCAGUUGCCUCAUCAUCAAAUAAUAGAUGAAAAAUCAUAUUUCUAGAAAAGUUUAAUUGAAAAAAAUUGCCAAUUAUAAAGAAAAGCAGCAAUGAAAGUAAAUGGGACAGACUUAGUCACUUUCCUAAUUUUAUACUCAGACAUCAACCAACAAACCCCUAAAGUCACUUAAAGUCACAUUCCUAAAUAGGACAGACUUCACUUUCCUAAGUUCUCUAUGAGUCUUGAAACUUCCACUGUGAGCAUCGGAUUCAAGAACAGCUGAGCAAGCCACGACCAAGUCGGAGUUCCUCUGCUACCUAUUCAGCUUAAAUCCUUCUUCAAAGCAAAAUUCAUAACCACAGAGCAACAAACAAUAAGAUGAUGAUGUUGAAGCCAUUAAAGAGUGAUUCAGAUAUGAAAUCAACGAGCUCAAAAUAUCUUCACCGAUUCGAUUCCAUCAGUAUCGAUCUCCAUGGAAAAUCAAAAAAUUCCACUUCCCAGACCAACCACAUACAACAUACAGAAUCAGAAACGGCGCAAAACAAACUCAGUUACCAAAGAUAAUGUUGAACCCUCCAAAAACAGAAACUAUGCUGCCGAAAAUGAAGAAAGACUUCCUCCUUUGUCUGAUAUAACAAAUGACAUGAGAACACGUCAUCUUCUUCCUGAUUUAAACACAUUUCCUAUAUUGCAAGGUAUGCACGAUGACAACAUAUUGCCUGAUUUAACUGACACUCCAACUGAAAAAGAUGUGCAAAUACAUAAUUCCCUACCUGAUUUAAAUGACACACCACAACUGGAAGAGAUUGAGGCUGCAAUAAACGACACAGUUAUACAGGGGCAGCUGCAAACUAACAUAGAAGAUGACGAUGAAGAGGAGUAUCCAGAUGUGGAUGUUGAAUGUGGCGACAUUUGCACUGAAGAUUACUGGGAUAUAGGAGAUGCUACAUAUGAAUGCAAAAAGUGUGGAGCUAUAUUUUUGUAUGAAGAAAGAAUCCACAAGCAUUACAACUCAAAAAACCCAAUUUUCACAAUGUGCUAUCAAAAAGGAAAAAUAAAACUUCCAGAUCUUAAGAAACCUCCUCAAGUUUUGGAACAACUACUGUUUGGAACAGGUUAGAGGAAUCAUUACUUUUAAUAUCAAUAUAUUCAAAUCAAAUUAUACUCACAUUCAUCAUUCUGCAAUUAUUUUAUUACAAGUCAUAAAAGUAAUCAUUUUCGAGAAAAAAUAAAGAGUUAUAACUCUAUGUUCUCAUUUACAUCAAUGGGGGGAAAGGUUAUAACUCUAUGUUCUCAUUUACUCU